AUGAGUGAAGAUCAAUCAUGUCCACGUACUCAUCAUUAUUACAAUACUCUUUUAAGAACAACAACAACAGCAUUAAAAAAAACAAAAACAGAUUUUAGUGUUCGAAGAUUAAUUGGUAAUAUUGUUGAAAAUGAUAAUGAUACAAAUGCUGAGGAUGUGACACAUUCAACAUCAAGUAGUCCAUCAAAAUCAAGUAAUGAAAGUAUACAAUAUUCACCAACAAGUAAAUCUUGUCCACGACAGAGGCUAUCAUGGUCGUCAGUAGAUACAGGUCAAACAUGGUUACCAGAUGCAGAAAUUAUUGAUAAAGCGAGAAAUAAUGAAUUACCAAAAAUAAAUGCAAAAGCGUGUUCAUUACGAAAACACAAAACUAAUCGUAAACCACGGACACCAUUUACCACGUCACAGUUACUAGCCUUAGAGCGAAAAUUUCGUGAAAAACAAUAUUUAACGAUUGCUGAACGUGCCGAAUUUUCAGCAUCAUUGAACUUGACAGAAACUCAAGUAAAAAUAUGGUUUCAAAAUCGUCGUGCAAAAUCAAAACGACUGGCUGAAGCUGAUGCUGAAAAAUAUCGUUUUAUUCAAAUGAAACAUCCACUAGCUGUAGCAGCCGCUGCUGCAGCAGCAUUUCAUCCAAUGUAUAAUUUCAUUCCACCGGCAAAUUUAACGUGUUCUUGA